AAAGGAAAAAGUUACGAUUUUUCGGAUUUUUCUGAUAUGGGUAUUGGCGAUUACUACAAAAUACUAAAGGUGAAUCGUGAUGCAACGAAUGAAGAUUUGAAGAAAUCUUAUAAGAAUUUAGCAAUGAAAUGGCACCCAGAUAAGAAUAAUCAAUACCCUUUAAGGAAACAAGAGUUUGAGGCAAAGUUCAAGAAAAUUUCUGAGGCUUAUGAUGUUCUUAGUGACCCUAAGAAGCGUCAGAUCUAUGAUUUAUAUGGUGAAUAUCCGAUUAACUCGAAUCGAAUCGGUGAGGAAAAUGGUGAUGGAAGUAAUUUGAAGGAAGAUGUAGCAGUUGACGUUGUUGAGAGUUGUUUGGUUUGUACUCUUGAAGAGCUUUAUAAGGGUUGCAGGAAGAAGGUUAAUAUUAUAAGGACUGUUCCUGAUGAAUUUGGGAAGUUGAAGUGCAUAGAAGAAAUCUUGAAGAUAGACAUUAAACCAGGUUGGAAGAAAGGCACAAAAAUCACUUUUCCUGGCAAAGGAAACCAACAACCAGGAUCUCCUCCAUCCGAUCUAAUAUUCGUCGUGAAUGAGAGACCACACUCUUCCUUCAAAAGAGAUGGAAAUGAUUUGGUAAUGAUUCAAAAGAUAUUACUUCUAGAAUCUCUUGUAGGAAAGACUCUCAACUUGAGAACCUUGGAUGGAAGAGAUCUCACAAUCGAAGUAACCGAUAUUGUGAAACCAGGCGAUGAGUUGGUGGUUCCAGAUGAAGGUAUGCCAGUUGCAAAGGAACUAAACAAGAAAGGAAACCUUAGAAUCAAGUUUGAUGUUAUGUUUCCAUCAAGGCUUACCACACACCAAAAACAUGAUCUAAGAAUGAUUUUGUUUGAUGCGGAUGAUAACUAAACCAUUUUUUUUAGUUUAAUCUAAUGUUUUUUUCUUGGACCGAGUUUAAUCUAAUGAUUUUAAGUCUUAAUUAACCUUGUUCUACAUGAAGUGUAAAUAGCUUGAUAUGAAAUUUCCACUAUUUGAUAUGAAAUUUGUACAUUAUAUAUAUUAGAGGUUAGCAUAGUUGUGAUUUAUUUGCAGCA